AUGUCUUUCUCGUUCUCUUUCUCUGGUGACGACAUAGAAGCUGAACCCGCCCCGCCACAGGACAGCCUUCCUUUAGGGGCGGCUCACGCCCCGUCAGCUGCCAGCGCCUUUCCUGUGCAGGGAAAACCUCAGCUGCCCCCGACCACCCAUGACCUGAGCCAGAUGCUGGCGGCUCUGCCGUCCAAGAUCGCCUACAGCCUCUUGGAGGUGGAUCUGGACGGCAGGGCAAUGGUCCAGAUCCCGCGGCGCGAGCUUUGGGAUGUUAGGGUCCAACUGAUGGCCGAGGAUGAUGGCGAGAACUGUAGCGAAGAGGUUGAGCCCGGGCUAGGCAACCACGAUGUCAAGACGGGCAUCUAUGAGGGAGGCUUCAAGAGCUGGGAGAGCAGCGUCGACCUCGUCAAGGUCCUGGCGGCUGAGGGUUUCUCCCGGUCACUUACCGAAGGGCCCUCCAGAGUCAUCGAGCUUGGGUGCGGCACGGCUCUGCCCUCACUUGCUCUUUUCCAGUGGGCCAUUGCAGAGAGGGUCCAAGUACGGGAGGCAUCGAAGGAGCUGGAUCCCUUGUGCCUUACGUUGGCCGACUACAACCCCUCCGUCCUCCGACUUGUCACGAUGCCAAACUUCCUGCUCGCCUGGGCCCUCCAUCAACAGUCACAUGAUGAGGUUCUGCAGGCCGCCCUCACUUCCAUUGAGGGCGAGCUUGAGAUCAACGAGCACGUCGUCGGCUCCUUUACAAGGUUCCUCGCUUCGUCCGGCAUCACCCUCUCCUUCGUCUCAGGAGGCUGGUCUUCGGAGUUCGUCGACUUGCUGUACGGUGGCUCCUCGGCAGUACCAAGCGGCCAUGCCACAGGUCAAACUCUAGUUCUAGGCGCCGAAACGAUCUACUCACCCUUUGCACUCAACUCCUUCACGGAGACGCUUCUGUCUAUCCUACAGAGAGAGCACGACAGCCAUCCGGAUCGGCAGGCCAACGCCAUCGUUGCCGCCAAGAGGCUUUACUUCGGCGUGGGUGGCUCCCUCGAUGAUUUUGUAGACAAGAUCCAAAAGCUCGGGGUGGCCGUCGGCAUGGUGAGGGAGGAGACCGAGGGCGUGCGGCGAGGCGUUGUGAGGUGCAGUCUGCCCUGA